GUGCUAUCUACUGUCUGAAUCGAGCAGCUGUUUAUUUCGCGUCGGCCUUGGCGUUAAGAGGAGUGUGUCUUCUGUGCAAGACGAAACUGUUAUGAAGUAGUGUCUCGUCUGCGCAAGGCGAACCUGUUACCAUGUCAGUUGGUGUACGGACUCUUGCCAAAAGUUGUGUUGGGAAGCGGCUGUCAGAUGUUCCCACACCGGCAUUCCUUGUGGAUAAGCAAAUAGUUCUAAACAACUGUCAGAACAUGCUAAAAAAAUGUGCGGAACUCGGUAUUAAGCUCCGACCUCAUGUGAAAACUCAUAAAACGGAAGAAGCAGCACUGCUCCAGACUGGUGGUCAGAAAAAAUGUAUCACUGUCUCAACAUUCAGAGAGGCAGAAUUCUUCGCAGAUUGUGGUUGGGAUGAUAUUCUGUUAGCAUUCCCUCUUGCACCUUUCCACAUUGGUCGUGCCAAGUCACUUGCAGAUCAUAUCUCAACCUUUCACUUGCUGGUCGACAAUGUUGAUUCAGCAACAGCAUUGGCCAAAUCACCAAUACCUGCUGGCAAAGCUUCAUGGUCAGUUUUUAUCAAAGUUGAUACAGGAUAUGCAAGAGCUGGUGUUCGGUGGUCUGACACAGAAAUGGCUGUAGCGAUAUGUAAAGCCCUUCAGCCAUCAGUGAAGCUUCAGGGAUUGUAUGCUCACUGUGGAGAUUCAUAUCACACAAGCUCACUAACAGAGGUGUCAGCUGUGCGUAAUCGUACAGCUGAGCGUGUAGUGAAACUUAGUGAGGAGCUUGUGCAGAGGGGUUUUGCAUGCCCAAUCAUUUCUAUUGGAUCCACACCAUCAAUGAGUGCCAGUGUAAAUGCUGAAGACCACAAAGUUUUGCAGAAGCUUAACGAGGCACAUGUAGGGAAUUAUGUAUUCUAUGAUCUUCAGCAGGCAUCUCUGUAUUCAUGUUCCUUGGAUGAUGUGGCUUGUAGGGUUAUGACUCGUGUUAUUGGUCAUUACCAACAUCGAAAACAGAUGCUUAUUGAUUGUGGAUUCACUGGGCUAACCAAACAAGGACUGAAUGCUAAUAAAUUUGUUGCAGGAUAUGCCCUAUUUGAGAAUCAUCCAAAUCUAAAGUUAAUUGAAAUGUCACAAGAAGUGGGCAAAGUUGAAGGUGUUGAUGGUAACCUAGAUUUCGAUCGAUACCCAAUUGGAACUGAACUGUUUCUGUACCCUUACCAUGCAUGUGCGACAGCAUCUCAACAUCCUGUUUAUUACAUUCACAAAGAUGGUCUUGUUGAAGAGGAGUGGAAACCUAUUAGAGGAUGGUAGCCUCGAGUAUGACUUUUAGUACUGUUAGUUAAAGAGCUUCUGUAAAGUGUUUUGCACCUGUUGUUAAUUAUACCCAAUCAAGCAAAAAUGCCCAGAAUGAAAUAUUUGUUAUCUAAUUAGAGCGCAACUCUGAUAUUCGAUCAGUGGCAUACAGUCUGGCUGACCAGCACUUCUGAUCAUAUGAACAAGUGCAAAAUUGAAUCGAUUCAAGGAUCCCCACAAAAGUCCCAGUUCUGCUACAGGAUUCGUAUGCUAUCCGAAAGAUGGGAGAAUGUAGUGGCCAGCGAUGGGGAAUACUAUGAAUCAUAAUUUUAAUUGUAAGUUUUUCACAAUAAAGCCCCGAACUUUGAGAAAAAACAGCAGAAGCAAAGUUGUAGAUCUAGUAUUAAACAACAAUGCACAGGUUUUAUGUUAAAAUAACUAAUUUGCGUAUCAAAUUUUAUUGAAAUAAUUCCAGGGGCUUAGGAUGAGCUUUUUACGCACAACUUUGCUCACAUAUGCAUGUGUAAAAUAUAUUUCACAUGUACGUAACAUAUUUCACUUGUAUCUGUACACUUAUUUCAAAUGUACCUCUGACGAACCUUGCCCUACAAUUUCAUUUUCAUGCAGCUCAAUGUUUAUGGUGAUGUAUCUCCUGAAUUAAGGGUCAUGCAAUGAUAUAUUUGUGUACAUACGUUCUGCAACAUAUGUGGAUAAUGUCUAAAAAAUAUGUUGCUAAUAGAAUUAGUAGUAAAGAAGAAAUAAAUUAAAAUGUCAUGUAUGAAAGAUUAGUUUUUCACACAUUUCGGCAUUUGAUAUCAUAUCUCCUGAACUGUGUUGUACAAUGAUAUAUUUUUGAUGGCAUAUUCAGUGGCAUAUGUGGAUAUUGGCUACAUAAAGUGUUGUGAAUAGAGUUAGCAGCAACAAAGUAAUAAAUUUAAAUGUCUUGUAUGAUGCAGCAGUUUUUCAUGCAUCUCAUUGUUGAUGUCAUAAUAUCUCCUGAACUGUGAGUCGUACAAUGAUAUAAUUUUGGUGGUAAAUCCCAUGGUAUAUAUGAAUACUGUCUGCAAAAUGUGUUGUGAAUACAGGUUGUAGUAAAUAAGUAAUAAAAUAAAAGUCGUGCUUCAUGCGGCAGUUUUUGGAAGUAA